AUGUAUGGUCCUACACUCACCCUGUGGAAUCCAGAAUGUGUAGAGAUCUGUGAUGUAUAUGAUGAGGAUUUUACAAUCCAUCCAGAAGAAAAUGUAACCAACUCUGCUGUUCACUGCUGUUCCUCAAGUGACUCUUAUUUUGACAAUGAUGAGCCUCGGCGAUUCCGGGUUCUGAUCAAGAACCCUCAGAUUGGAGACUGUGAAGGGGACCAGGAAGAUGAGAUGCAGAGGCUACGAGACGCAGUGAGAUGUUUGAUACAACCACCAACAGCUGGGGUGUCUGUUCGGCGACAGACUAAACAGACAACAGUGGGUGUAGCCGUUAUUAAUGAAGACUCCCAAAGACUUAUUCAAACAGAUAAAACUGCUGUAAAUUACUCCAACACUCCACCAUCCACAUUAACCAGCAGUUGUGAUGCAGGUUCAGUGAGCCAAUCCUUCCCGUCGCAGGCUUUAUUUAGUCCUCUUCUGGAAUCUGCUUUUGAGCCAGACCGGUUCACAGGGUAUCCGGCAUACAAUCUCAACUCCAGCCCAUCUCUAUUUUUUUCCUCCUCACCUGAGAAUGUAGAAGCAUCUGAUCUAGAUUCUCCUUUUCACCCUCUUUCUGGACCGUCACCAGAUUCUAGACCCUGGACUCCUCAGGAUGACUCUUCACCUUGUGAUUCUCUUCUAGUUCCCACUUCUUGCUCAGACUCUCCAGUAGAUCUCACUACGGUUAUGACAUCUGAAACAUUAACCUUUGAAAGUAGAGAAGCCUUAGAGGAAAACAAUAAUAGUCCCUAG